AUGGAUAAUGACGAUGACGAAGUGCAUGAUCUAGUGGAUACGGCUGGUCUUCAGUGGAAGACCAUGGUGGAGGACAUCUACUUAAAGCAAGGUAAGUUUCAAAAGUGUUUGGUUGUAUGUGAUGUCGAGUCAAACAACAAAGUGUCGAUGGGUUUGGGGCUUCUGUUGUCUCAACUGAGUGAAGAGCCAUGGAAUGGAAAGGUGAUCACCUAUAAUGAGAACCCUCGGCUGGUUUCCAUACAAGGUGAUGAUCUUAAGUCCAAGUACAAGUUUAUGACAACAAAACUAGAUCCGUGGGAUGUUGAGGUUAAUUUUGAAAAGGUGCUUGAUUUGAUCCUGAAAUUGGCUGUGAAUGAGAAUUUGAAGUCGAAGCAAAUGAUCGAGAGGGUGUAUGUGUUCACUCCCUCCAGUGAGGCCUAUAAUAGAUGGGAGACUAGUGAUUUUGAGGCAAUGCAGAGAAAGUUUAAGGAGAAGGGAUAA